AUGAAUGCCGUAUCUGAGGGUGAUAAAGCCCUGGCCGCAUCAAAUGCCCCCCUCGCGAUUCAGCACUACACCCGCGCCCUGACGGAGCUACCCCGCGCUCCGAUCUACUACAUCCAACGUGCGACCGCUUAUUCGCGUGUGAAGCCUGAAAAUGGCGGACCAAAGUCUCAUGCUGCACUCAGGGACUCCGAAAUUGCCCUGACCCUUGCGCGUGAGCGUGGAAAGCGCGAGCUCAUUCUGUCAGCACAGAUGCGCCGUGCAGUCUCGCUUUUCCAGCUUGAGCGCUAUGGUGACGCAGCAUUUAUUUUUGAGUUGAUUGAGUCGAAGACUGCUGCUGAAAGGGGCUCUGAAAACAAAUCGGAAGGCCUGAAAGCUGCUAUGGCUGGCGUGGGUGCUACAAACAAGAAGGGUGGCUACGGAGCUGAGCUACCCAUCUGGAUGGCAAAGGUUCGUCGUAAGCUUAGCGAGCUGGGCGUAACUGAUGAGAAGCGCACGGUUUCGGUAGCGGAGUAUCCUACCAAUAUCCGUAUUCCAACGGAGAAGGAGCUGGAGGCCGAGUGGAAGAACCUCCUGUCCGGGAAGGCGGCCGAUGCACAGAGCCAGAUUUCGCGGGAGGCCAGUCAACAAGAGCCGGCAACAGCGCCUACUUCUAUGGAGCACAAAUUACCUGUGGUGGGAGCUCAAGCGCCUUCCAAUAGUGCCCCUGCUUCGGCUUCUCCGGAGAAAGUUCGUCAUGAAUGGUACCAGUCCCAGGACUCCGUUGUGGUUACGCUUUAUGUCAAAGGUGUACCCAAGAAUGACGUGGAGGUUGACUUCAAUGAUGAAUCGGUGUCACUUCAGUUUCCUCUCCCUUCCGGCUCCUCCUAUGAUUUCACACUCGACCCCCUGUACGCCCCUAUUGAUCCUUCUAAGUCGAAAUUGUCUGUCAUGAACACCAAAAUCGAACUUUAUUUUCAAAAGAAGACAUCAGGUCAGAAAUGGACCGCUCUCGAAAGCUCCGGGACUGCAGCCAUGAAGCUUACAGACCGUUCCACCGCACCUGCUGCGCCUACUAACAACGCGGGGCCUGCUUACCCAACCUCAUCUCGAAAAGGUGCUAAAGAUUGGGACAAGCUUGCGUCAUCACUGACAGAAAAGAAACCUAAAAGUGAGAAGAAGGAAGGCAAAGGAAACGACAACGGAAAUGACUCCGAUGCGGAAUCCGUAGACUCGGAAUUUGGCGGCGAUGCUGUGGAUGGCUUCUUCAAGAAGCUCUAUGCCAACGCGGAUCCCGAUACACGUCGAGCUAUGAUGAAGAGCUACGUCGAAAGCCAGGGCACUUCCCUCAGCACGAAUUGGUCCGAGGUUGGCAGUAAGAAGAUGGAGCCACACACUUCAAGCUGA